CACGCACAUCUCACACACGGAGCAUCCUGACAACACCGCUUUUACACCAGUCCGGACGAUAAAAUAAGCAAGUCUCAGUGUUCGCUUACUGACCGGAACCCAGUGCAAAUUUGUUCGCGGAGAUUUUGCGCGAAAGCUUCAUCGUAUCCAGAACGGGACAGGAGAAUCAACAGGACGUGAGCGAUCUAAUGAAGAGAUCAUCCAGGAGUCAUCUCCAGCCUCGGGAACACAGAUAUUUCUGAAUUGCUUAUGUUUCUCAUACCAACAAAUGCUCCAACUCAGCCCUGCAGAUAAGCUGUGAUAUUGAAGUCGAACCCAACCUCUCACACACACACACACACACACACACACAGGAGGAGGAUGUUGAUGAAGGAAUAUAGAAUCUGCAUGCCGCUCACCGUGGAAGAGUACAGGAUUGGGCAGCUGUACAUGAUCAGCAAGCAUAGCCACGAGCAGAGCGAGCGGGGCGAGGGUGUGGAGGUGGUGCAAAACGAGCCGUUUGAGGACCCCACAUAUGGUGCCGGCCAGUUCACUGAGAAACGCGUCUAUCUCAACAACAAGCUGCCGAGCUGGGCGCGAGCAUUUGUUCCGAAGAUUUUCUAUGUAACGGAGAAGGCAUGGAACUAUUACCCCUACACAAUCACUGAGUACACAUGUUCUUUCCUGCCAAAGUUUUCCAUUCACAUAGAGACAAAAUAUGAGGACAACAAUGGCAGCAAUGACAAUAUCUUUGAUGAGCCCAGAGACGAGGACACUGAGGUGUGUUUCAUAGACAUUGCGUAUGAUGAAAUCCCAGAGCGCUACUACAAAGAAUCGGAGGACCUGCGCUACUUUAAGUCAGAGAAGACAGAACGUGGAUUGCUGCAGGAGGGCUGGAGAGACACUCAGGACCCUGUCAUGUGCUCCUAUAAGCUGGUGACGGUGAAGUUCGAGGUGUGGGGCCUGCAGACACGUGUGGAGCAAUUUGUUCACAAGGUCAUAAAGGAUGUGUUGUCACUAGGUCACAGACAGGCCUUUGCCUGGGUGGAUGAGUGGAUUGACAUGACAAUGGAGGAGGUGAGAGAGUAUGAGCGUGCCACACAGGAAGCCACCAAUAAGAAGCUAGGCACUUUUCCCCCUGCCAUCUCCAUCAGCGAGACUCCCCUGCCAUCCUGCGCCCACAGUGGACCAUCCAGUGCCCCCUCCACCCCCCUCUCCACGGAAGCCCCGGACUUCCUCUCAGUGCCCAAAGACAGACCACGGAAGAAAUCAGCGCCGGAGACUCUCACGCUUCCCGACCCGGCGAGGAGAGACUCCGUUAAUCGGCUGACGAGCCUCUUUUCCUGGGGCUCCAGCUCUCGUCAGCCUGAAUGAUCCACAUCAGGAAGAACCCAAGUUCUGUACUAAUACAGCUGUCAGAAAUGUGUCUGCUAGACACACACAUGCACACACAGCAGGCCAGUCUCUGUUUAAACUAAGAGGGAGACACAAACACAAAGUGGGUUUCUAACCUCGCUAUGAGAUUUUAUGACGAGUGCAUUCCGACUUUCAAAAAGCAACUUAGUUCACAGUUUACAAUAACUCAGGAGCUGUGUUUUUAUUAUUAUUAUUAUUAUUUACUACUAGUUUUGUUAUUCCACAUGGAUUGACUGUAUGUGCUCUUCAUGGUAGAAUACAUAUCAUUAAAAAUGACCUUCUGCUUUUAAUGGAACAAAGCCUGAUCCACUUUCUUAAUACAGAAUUUUAACGUUUUUUUUUUUUUCACUUUGGUUUAUUGACUUGAUUGGCACUGCUGUUCUGUGAAAAAAGUCAGAGUAUUGCUAAGUAUUAUAAAAAUGGUAUUACAGUUCGUAAGUAUCCUUCUGUUUAGGAUAGGACUGAUUCUACAAAGCAGAAAAAUGCUUCUUAUUCCCAACAAUAAUAUCAGGACUGAUAACCACUGGACCUACUGUUGUGUCUCAGUCUAUUGCUGGAUACAUGGACUACCAACUUGCUGUAUAUAUUGUACCUUAUUACCAUCAUGCAUUGUCACAGAUGUCCAUUAAUACAUAAUCAUUUAUAUAAAGAAUAAUUGAUUAUAUUGCAUUGUACACAUUAUUUCCAUGGAUUAACAGUAUGUGGUGCGUUGCAGUACGUAAAAAGAAAAUCUUGUUCGCAAGGAAUGCUUUUCAGGAUGUCUUGAAUGCUCUAUAGUCUUCAUGUGCAAAGGAAUGCUUGCUGUUGGACAACUUGUAAUUUGUGAAUGUAAAGGCUUGUCGCUUUCAAUAGUCCACACAGAUGGGUUUCAUUUUUUUCUAAGAGACGCCAACAUCAAGAACGUGGCCAUAUGAAAUCAAUUUGAUGUAAACUGCUGGUUUGAAAAUAAAGCUUUAACUCUUGA